UUGGAUAAGCACGCUUUAAUCUGUCAACACAUUUAGUUGUGUCAGGAAUUAAUCAGCAGCCCAGUGAAAUGCAAAACAGCUGAGUGUGUCAGGCUCCCAUAUUUAACCUCGAAGAGUCUCAGCAGCUGCAUUAACAAACAAAUAGUGGCUUAUACGAGGCCCCAAUCAAUGUAAGUUGAUAUUUAACUAUUUGCUGUGCAAAUGCCAAUCUUUGACUCGGAGGAAUUCUGCUAUCCACGGUCACUUAGUCGCUCCUUUUUUGGACCAGGCAGCAAGUUUUUUUCUAUUUAAAUUCAAGGCACAUCUCCAGUUAUUCUUGGCUGCUCUAAAAGAGGGUGAAUAAUUAAGGAGAAAGUUUAAUACCCGCAGAUAAUAUAAAGUUUUACGUUGUAAGGACAUGGACCUCCGUCUGACACUCCUGUUGAUCUAUGUCUGCAGCCAAGGAGUCACUAGAAACGAGGCGACCGAAGAUGUGUCAAUCCCCCUGGUGCCUCUGAUUCCUUUACUGCCAAGUCAGCCUAUAGAGAGCGUAGAUAAUGAAAGCACAGCGCAACCAGAAAGUGCAGAUACCACUAAAGCAACAGUAGUGGCAACAACUAGUUCGCCCAACACGGACUCGUCGGAAGAAAUGCCAGAAGAGGGCUGUCAGACCAUCGCCCGGAGCCCAGAGUCGAGGCAGGCCAUGGCUGCCUCCAUUCAGAGACUGGGUCUGCAGCUGCUGCAGAACCUGCAGACGACGCCAGAGCAGCCCAAUCUCAUCAUAUCUCCUUUCAGCAUAUCACUAGCCCUGUCCCAGCUGGCGUUAGGUGCAGUAAAUAGCACAGAGGAGCUGCUGAUGCAUCAUCUCCACAACAACACUCUCGCCUGCUUCCACCACUCUAUGCACUACGUCUUGGAGCAGCUCAGAAACAGCGACCUGCAAAUUGCAACACGCAUCUUCCUGCGCCAAGGGUUUGAGCCAAAGCAAGACUUCGUGAACGAGUCCAAGCGGUUAUACGACUCGGAUCCAGCUGUGUUGCCGAGCCUGGAGCAGAUCAAUGAGUGGGUGGAGAUGGCAACACAAGGAAAGAUGACUGACUUCCUGUCUGCUCUACCACCCAAUGUGCUCCUCAUGCUGAUCAACGCUGUCCAUUUCAAAGGUGAAUGGAAAGCUCGAUUUGACCCGCGCUUCACCUCCAGAGGCGUCUUCUACCUUGACGAGAAGCGCAUGGUUGACGUGGAAGUGAUGGAGGAUGCCAAACACCCUCUGAGUCAUUUUAUUGAUAACGAUCUGGACGCUCAGGUGGCGAGCUUCCCGUUCCAGAAGUCCAUGAGCCUGUUGGUGGUCAUGCCUUUUUCCGGCCACGUAAACGUGUCUUCUCUUAGUCCAAAACUCAAUAUCUCGAGCCUGUAUGAGCGUCUGCCGAAGGAGAAGGCGGUUCAAGUUAAAGUCCCGAAAUUCAAACUGGACUAUGGUCAAGACCUACAGGAGGUUUUCACCAAACUUGGCCUGGGAGAGCUGUUCUCCAAUCCCAACUUGUCUGACAUGGCGGACGGCCCCCUGCUGGUGUCCAGCAUCAUUCACAAGUCAAGCAUGGAGAUAAACGAGGAGGGUGCAGAGGCUGCUGCAGCCACCGCCGUGGUCAUCUCCCGGGCGUCCAUCCCCGUUUUCCACCUCACCCAACCCUUCUUCUUUGCCAUCAUGGACGAUAAGACUCAAGUGCCGAUCUUCAUGGGCACCAUCAACAACCCCAACCCCGGAGCUCCUGUCCUGCAGAGAGGAGAAGCUGGAAACACGGAUAAAGUGGGAUACCCAAUAGAUAAGAAUCACGAUGGCUCACUCGGAGGCCCACCUAAGUAGGGACUGAUGACCUGCCCCGGUGUCACAGUGAAACUCAGACCAAGACCUUCACGAUGGUACAGAUUAAAUGUACAGUACAAUAUCACAAGUCUUCCCUUCGAUCGGCAAAUAUUCCUAUAAAAAUAUAUAAUUUUCCUGGAUUAGAUGACAUGUCUGGGUUCAGAGACUAAAGAAAUGGUUUAUACCCAGAGUAAAUUCUCUACUAGUCUUUUAUUUGAUAUCUUACAUUUCCCAUGGUGUCAGCUUGUGAGUACAAAAUGAGAAGUGUUACAGCAUCAGUAUGCAUGCAGCCGACUUUUAAAAUGUGUAAUGUAAUGGCAUAAUAAACUGAAUUGAUCUGGAUGACA